AAAUAAGACACUCCUCCUACCUGGAGAAGGGGAGGUGCUUGCAGUGUCAGGAGAGAGAGAGAGAGAGAGAGAGCGAGAGAGAGAUAUUGAACAGCUUCAGAUGUGAGUGGGAAGUGCGUUCAGAGAAAAGCGCUGUGACGAGGGCUGCAUUCCUCACAAGCCCCUAGAAAGACUAACCCCUAGCAGCCCCGGGUAAAGUGAGUCUCAGCCUAGCUGCUACACACCUUUACUGGACUUUAGCCUACUUCAGCCUGUCCUGAUACCGGUCGCCUAAAGGAGCUCAACUUUCCAAGGAAUCUGAGGAUCCUUUUUUAUUUUCCAAGGGAGCUGCGCCUGGUCAUGCAGGGUUGAUCAGACCCAGAUCUGGUCUUUCUCGGCUGAGCUGAGUUCCAGUGCGGAGCUGAUGGAGCUCAAGGUGUGGGUGGAUGGCGUCGUGCGGGUGGUGUGCGGUUUGUCCGAGGAGACGUCCUGUCAGGAUGUGGUCAUCGCCCUGGCUCAGGCCAUAGGCCAGACGGGCCGUUACGUGCUUAUCCAGAGGUUGAGGGACACAGAGCGGCAACUUCAGGCCACCGAGCGGCCGUUGGAGUCCUUGGCCAAGCUCGGGCAGCAUGGUAGCGAGGUGCAGUUCUACCUGCGUCGCACAGGCCCCAGCAGCAGCGAGGGCCUGGGCUCGCACGACCAUUCCCUCCCCCUCCACAGACCCUCGGAACUAGAGCCGCUGAAACGCGGAGUGCCCAAGAAGUCGCUCACCUUCAACCUGGGCCCCACUAGCUCCCCUCGCACCAAGCCUAAACAGACUCCAUGUGCCAGAGACUCUCCAGAGCCUCGGACAUCGGCGCCCCGCGCCGCACACCUGCCUGGCCCCACCAAAGAGGAGGUGUUCCGGCAUGUUCUCCAGCAGCAGGAGCGUCUGCAAGCACUGGAGGCCCAGCUGGAGGUGCUGGAGCAGGAGGUGCAAACGUGGGAGCGGCGGCCCAGCCCGGAGCCGCGGCGUCCGGAGCAGGCCCUGGAGACUUUGGAGCAGGCGCUGCUGAGGAGCCAGGCAGAGCUGGAACACGAGGAGCUCUGGGAGAAGGAGCUGAGGGUGGAGACGGAGCAGGAGCGGGGCCUGAGGUGGAGACUUGGCGAGCUACACGCCAAGCUGGACGACUGCGGCCACAAGCUGCACGAGGCCGCCGCGCACUCGGACCAGCUGGAGCAGGACAUUCAGAGGGAGAGGCUGGAGGCUCCACCCAGCCAGGUGAAGGCAGAGGAUUCGGUGGGUGUAGCCAAGGCGGAGCUCCAGAGUCGGCAGAAACAUGGGGCUGAGCUGGAGCUGGAACUUUUGGAGACUGAGAAGGCCCUCGGGAAGGCCAAGACUCUGCUGCAGACUAAGCAGGAGGAACUGGAAGAGCUUAAUAAGGAGCUGAGACAAUGCAACCUGCAACAGUUCAUCCAGCAGACCGGAGCACUUCCGGCCCCGCCUUCCACCCGUACAGAGCUCCACCCACACUUGGACCAGUUGGAGCUGACUCUGCUACUGCAGGACCGGGACAUGGACAGUGCCUUACCCUCGCGGCCCACAGCCAAGCAGUUCCUGGGUCACCCACGCAACCUGCAGAACCCCCUGGUGUCCAGCCUCAACCCCGAGGUCCUGACAUCCAAGGAGUCGUCUUGGAGGUAAAACCUGGGCGCAGGGCCAAGGAUCUCUUAUUACACCUAUAUAUUUAACCAUCUACUGUCCUCAUGAUCCCAUCCAUAAACAUAACCAUAUAUAUCUACUGUAUAUACAAAUAUAUUUACAUUUUGUUGCAUUGUAAAACAUGUAUUUACUGUAAGAUAUUACCAGAAAGAUUUAUCUAGAGAACUAUUACUUUUGUUUAUGUAUUUAAGUGUAAU